AUGUCUUCCUUUACUCGAGCUUUCCGGCCAGUUUUAUUCAGAUCAAAAAUUCCAAGGUGCAGCAAAUUCACACCUUUUGUACGGUGUUCUGCAGCUCGGAACUUCUCUGCCACUCCUAUCAUCAGAGCAAAGAAAUUUACAAAAGAUCAUGAAUGGAUCGAAGUUUCUGAGGAUGGGAAAACCGGCACUAUGGGAAUUACAGAAUAUGCAUCAAAGUCCUUGGGAGAUGUAGUUUAUGUUGAACUUCCUGAAGUAAAACUUCAAGCAGUCAAGGGUGAAUCAAUUGGAGCUGUUGAAUCAGUUAAAUCAGCUUCCGAUAUUAAUGCACCUGUCGCCUGUACCAUCACAGCUGUCAACCAAUCGCUGGAAGAUUCCCCUAAAAUAAUCAACGAUGAACCAGAAAAAAGUGGCUGGCUCGCCAAGGUGGAAUUGAGCGAAUCUGGAAUAAAUGAAAUGCAUGAUUUGAUGGAUCUCCAGGAAUACAAGGACUUUACUGAGAAGGAUGAUCAUUAA